CAUAACGGAGCUGUUGAAAUUCUGCUCCGUAAAUUGGAUAAAAAUCUCGAAAAUCCACACAUUUGCAUAUAUUUUUCGAAAGUAUCAAGCAUGGUGGACGUGCCACUAUCAAUGAAAGCCAUCACUUUGGAUCUGCUAAGAGAUGCCAGAGAGACAGUGAGGACCAGUCCUUUGGGAGUCAUCAAUACUCCUAUGAUCCCAUGGUGCCAAACAACACUACCGCUCAACAUCCCCUGUAACAUCCACAUCAAACUGGAGAACAUGCAGAGGACUGGUUCGUUUAAGAUAAGAGGAGUGGCCAACCAGUUUGCCAGGAGACCAAAAGGAGCCCAUUUUGUCACCAUGUCUGCAGGGAACUAUGGGAAGUCUUUUGCGUAUGCCUCUAAACACUACGGCUCCAAGGGGAAAGUGGUGAUGCCAGAGACAGCCCCUGUAUCCAGAUCUACACUCAUACAAAAUUUUGGAUGUGAGGUGGAACGGGUGCCCACGGCCUUGCUGAUGAACGUGGUGAAUCGUUGUGUCCAGGAGGAAAACAUGACGUUCCUCCACUCAUAUGACGACCUGGACCUGAUUGCAGGACAUGCCAGUCUAGGUUUUGAGGUACUGGAGGUGAUGCCCCAGCCUGAUGUAGUGGUGGUGUGCUGUGGAGGAGGAGGUCUACUGGCUGGGGUGGCUGCUGCCAUCAAACUGGCCGGCUGCGAGAAGACAAGGAUCUACGGAGUAGAGCCAGAAGGAGCCUGCACCAUGUACAAAAGUUUCAUCGAGAAGAAGCCUAUAGGCAUGGACACCAAGAGCAUCGCGUCAGGACUGGCUCCACCUUUUGCAGGCACCCUGCCCUACGAGCUGUGCCAGCGCUACGUUGAGGAGAUCGUACUGGUGAGCGAUGAGGAGAUCAAGGCUGCCGUGUCGACCCUGUACAGGGCGGGGCUCCUGGUGGAACCGUCAGGGUCCGCGGCAUUCGCUGCCAUCGCUAACGACAGAAUCCCUGACAUUGCUGGGAGGAACGUGGUGGUCAUCCUCAGUGGAGGAAACAUUGGCAAAGACGAGCUCACUAACUUCCCUGAUUGAAUAUCUAGUUACUUACUUACUUAGGUAUUUUUCUACUCAUGAAGCAUAGGCCACUGACAACAGUUUUCCAGCGUAUUUAGUCCGGCGUGAUUUGUUCAAGUUCUCCUCAUGCGUUUCCCCAUUGAAUGUUCCCAAAGUUAUUAUUACAGUGACUACUACAGAGAAUAAAGAUUGAUUAUUCCAACCA